AUUAUCAUUUGGGAUGGCGCCCAUAAGGAGUGAUGAGUUCAGCAGAAAGCGUGGAUGGAAGAACAAUGCGGCAAGAGGGCAAUGGGAUUCUAUUACAAGCUCCAUCAGAAAGAGCCAACACAAGUUACAUGAACUUAAAGCGUUGAUUGACCCUUUUGUCCAUGUCCAUAAAGGAACAAUUCUUCAAGAAAGGCUCCCUGGUCUGAGGGAUGCUUUGGUUGUUCUAAAGCCCACCACAACGCAGCAAAAACUUCUUGGAAAGAUAGGAGGAACGAAGCUUUCCUUGGAAAAUGACUACAUGAUGUCCUUAGUAUCUGUCCAUCCUUCACUGCUCUCCGAAUACGUUACCCAUAAUGAAGGGUUCCGUAAAGUGCUUAAAAUGUUUGAAAGAGAUCCUCGUGUUGGGGUCAAGACCCACUUCUUAAUGGAGCUUAUCAAGCUCAGUGGAGCGUUAAAUGAGAAGGUUUUGGUUUUCAGUCAGUACAUUAAGCCAUUGGGAUUCAUAAUGGAACUGCUGAAAGCUAAAUUUCAAUGGGUUGAAGGCAGGGAGUGCUUAUAUAUGGAUGGACAACAAGAAGAGAAGCAUCGACAAGCUUCCAUUAAUACCCUUAAUGACCCUAAAAGUGAAGUAAAAGUACUUCUUGCAUCGAUUAGGGCCUGCUCUGAAGGGAUUAGCUUGGUGGGUGCUUCUAGAGUUGUGCUUCUUGAUGUUGUAUGGAAUCCAUCCGUGGAAAGACAAGCCAUAAGCAGGGCAUAUAGGCUCGGUCAAACGAAACUGGUCCAUGUUUACCAUCUUGUCACUGGAACAAUGGAAGGUGAAAAAUACAUUAGACAGAUUGAGAAGAGCCAUUUGUCAGAAUUGGUCUUUUCUUCCAAAAACAGAGAUAACUUGAAUCCUAAAAUUUCACCUACCGUUUCGGCAGACAAGAUCUUAGAAGAAAUGGUGCAGCAUGAGAAGCUGCAGCAUAUGUUUGAGAAGGUCAUCUGCCAACCAAAAGAAUCUGAUCUAAUUCAAACAUUUGGUUGAUACAGGUUGAGGAAGGAGACUUUUAGGAUGAUACCGAAGAAGACGACUCAUUUAAUUGGUGCAUGCAAGUCGUUUGGUCUUUUUAACUCCUGAAACAGAGUUUUUUGAAGCUCAGCGGUUUUGUUGUUCGGUUUGUGUAGUUGGAUAUUUCGUUUUCAUCCAUUCUAUGUAACUGUAAAGGUGGAAUGGAAUUACAAUCACAUUAAUUUCUGCAAAAUGCC